CUUGUCCCCUCUUGCACCCUCGGAGCAGAGCUGUGUCCCCUCAGACCACAUGAAAGGUCCGUGUCCCCUCACUCACCCUUGGAGCAGAGCUGUGUCCCCUGAGACCCCCUUAGGAGCUCAAAUGUCCCCUCAUAUGCCCUCAGAGCAGAGCUAUGUCCCCUGAGACCCUCACGGAAGGUCGAUGUCCCUUCAGGUGCCCUCAGGGAAGGAUUGUGUCUCCAGGCCACACAGGGCAGGCCUUCUCUCCUCACAUGCCCUUGGAGCAGAGCUGUGUCUCCUCAGACCCCCUCAAAAGGUCCAUGUCCCCUCACUUGCCCUCUGGCACAGCUGUCCCCUCAGGCCCCAUCGGGAGGUUCAUGUCCCCUCACGCACAAACAGAGCAGAGCUUGUCCCCUCAGACCCACUCAGGAGAUUCAACGUCCCCUCACAUGCCCUCGGAGCAGAGCUGUGUCCCCUCUAAUCCCCUCAGGUGGUUCAGUGUCCCCUUACAUGCCCUUGAAGCAGAGCUGUGUCCCCUGAGACCCCCACAGAGGGUCCAUGUCCCCUCCCGUGCCCUCAGGGAAGACUUCUGUCUCCUCAGACCACACAGGGCAGGUCUUACGACCUCACAUGCCCUUGGAGCAGAGCUGUGUACCCUCAGACCCCCUCAGUUCUCCAAUGUCCCCUCACGCGCCAUUGGAACAGAGCUGUGUCCCCGCAGACCCGCAAGGACGGUCCAUGUCCCCUCACGUGCCCUCAGAACCGAGCUGUUUCCACUCAGACCUCUUCAGGAGGUCCAAUGUCACCUGUCAUGCCCUCGGAGCAGAAAGUGUCUCCUCAGACCCCCUCAGGAAGUCGAAAUUCCCCUCACCUGCCCUCGGAGCAGAGCUGUGUCCCUUCAGAGUCCCUAAGGAGGUCCAGUGCCCCCUCACAUGCCCUUGGGGCAGAGCGGUGUUCCCUCAGACCCCCACGGAGGGUCCGUUUCCCCUCACCUGCCCUCGGAGUAGAUCUGUGUCUCCACAGACUGCUCAGGAGAUCCAAUGUCCCUUCACGUACCCUCGGAGCAGAGCUGUGUCCCCUCAGACCACACGGAAAGUCUAUGUCCCCUCACUCACCCUUGCAGCAGAGCUGUGUCCCCUGAGACCCCCUCAGGAGAUUCAAUGUCCCCUCAGGUGCCCUCGGAGCAGAACUAUGUCCCCUCAGACCCCCAGGGAAGGUCGAUGUCCCUUCAUGUGCCCUCAGGGAAGGAUUGUGCCUCCUCAGACCACACAGGGCAGGUCCUGUCCUCAUGCGCCCUCGGAGCAGAGGUGUGUCCCCUCAGACCCAAGCAUGAAGUCCAAUGUCUCCUCACAUGCCCGCAGGGCAGAGCUGUUUCACCUUAGACCCCCGCAGGGGGUCCAGAAUCCCCUCACAUGCCCUCAGAGCAAAGCUGUGUCCCCUCUGAUCACCUCAGGUGGUUCAAUAUCCCCUUGCAUGCCCUUGGAGCAGAGCUGUGUCCCCUCAGACCCACUCAGGAGGUCCAGUGUCCCCUCACGCACCCUCGGAGCAGAGCUGUGUUCUCUCAGACCCCCUCAGAAAGUUCAGUGUCCCCUCUAAAGCCCUCGGAGCAGACUGUGUCCCCUCAGACCCACUCAGGAGGUCCAGUGUCCCCUCACGCACCCUCGGAGCAGAGCUGUGUUCUCUCAGACCCCCUCAGAAAGUUCAGUGUCCCCUCUAAAGCCCUCGGAGCAGAGUGUGUCCCCUCAGACCCCCUCAGGCGGUUCAAUGUCCCCUCACACGCCGUCAGAGCAGAGCUAUGUCCCCUCACACCACCUCAGGAUGUUCAAUGUCCCCUCACGCACCCUCGAAGCAGAGCUGUGUACCCUCAGACUCACUCAGGAGGUCCAAUGUCCCCUCACGCACCCUGGAGCAGAGCUGUGUCCCUUACGACCCCCUCAGGAAGUUCAGUGUCUGCUAACACACCCUCAGAGCAGAGCUGUGUCCCCUCAGACCCACUCAGGUUGUUCGUGGUCCCCUCACGUGCCCUUGGAGCAGAGCUGUGUCCCCUCAGACCCACUCAGGAGGCCCAGUGUCCCCUCACACACCCUUGGAGCAGAGCUGUGUCCCCACAGACCCCCACAGGAGGUCCAGAGACCCCUCACACGCCCUCGGAGUGAAGCUGCGUCCCCUCUGAUCCCCUUAGGUAGUUUAAUGUCCCCUUACAUGCCCUUGGAACAGAGCUGUGUCCCCUGAGAGCCCCACGGAGGGUCCAUGUCCCCUCACGUGCCCUCAGGGAAGGAUGGUUUCUUCUCAGACCACACAGGGCAGUUCUUGUCCCCUCACGCACCUUCGGAGCAAAGCUGAGUCCCCUCAGAUUAUGAUGGAAGGUCCGUGUCCCCUCAUGCGCCCUUGGAGCAGAGCUGUGUCUCCUCAGACCCCCACAGAAGGUCCAUGUCCCAUCAUGUGCCCUCAGGAAAGGAUUGUGUCUCAGACUACACAGGGCAAGCUUUGUCCCCUCAGGUACCCUCGGAGCAGAACUGUGUCCCCUGAGACCCCCUCAGGAGGUUCAUUGUCCCCUCCUGUACCCUCAGAGUAGAGCUCUGUCCCCUCAAACACCCAUGGAAGUUCUAUGUCUCCUUACCUGCCCUCAGAGCAGGGUUGUGUCCCCUUCUUCCCCCAAGGAAGGUCCCUUUUCCCUCACAAACUGUGAACAAGGCUCUGAUCAGACCGCUGGACUGGGUCUUGUCCCUUUCAUCUUCCAGGGAACUCAGUCCCCUUUCUCCUCAUUCUGUUCUCUGUCCUCCCUCCACCCCGGGUUGAGUGGUAAUGGGAGUGGACUGUCAAAGCCUGCUCACUCUCCGCUGACAUAUGGGCCCCACUUAGUCUUUCCUUCUCCACAGGCUGGCAUGUUGUGGGUCGGUAGAGGCCUCUCUUCUAUGACCCUGGACCCUCUCGAUCCUGCUCUGAGCUGAAGCUUCCUCUUGAUGCCUGGCCUGUGUUCUAGGAGCCCCCAGCAGGGUACAUUCCUUCCAUGGGUCUUCAGAGGUCCUCAGCCUGGGCUGCGGGGAGACAGGCCAGAACAGGCCGGGCCUAUCUUCAUGCCCAAGACAGGUGGGAGCUGGAGCUCAUCUUACUGGCCUGACUUGGAAUCUAGAGGGGCACCAUGAGGUGUCCAGACGCCGUGGCCAAGGAGGCUGAUGAGUCAGGGUCUUCUGGGCUCCUCCUCCCUGCCUGCCUGCCGCCCGGCUCGGCUGGUGUUUACGUGUUCCCUGCGGCUUGGCUGGGCUGUGAGGCCUUGAAGAGAGAAAUGACUACCUGGCUCCAGCCCCUGUUCAAGGCAAACAGGGUCCUGACUGCCUGCCAGGCCCUCUGAGGGCUCCCACUUCCUCUGCCAACACCUGGAUGGCCCAGGUGGGGCUCAGGGUCUCUCUGAGUGGGGGGGCUGGCCCUGGCCCAGGAGCUCCAGGUCUAAGGGAGGAGACCUUGUCCUGGACUAGGAGCUUAGACUGAUGUAAGAGGUCCAGUUCUAUCCUGGACAUCCAGUCAAGGGGGCAAAUGCUGCGCAGUCUAAAGGGGGAGGCCUGGCCUUGGACUGGGUGCAAAAAUCCUGAGGAAGGGGGGCCGCCCUUGGGGAGGAGGCGUCCAGGUGGAUAUGGGGGAGCCUGGCCCUGCUUGGGAUCACCAGACCUGAGGGGGGUACCCAGCAUGUCUUGGGGGCAUUUAGUUCAAAGGGAAAGCACAGCUCUGUCUUGGGGGUUCAUCUAAAGGGAAGGUGGUAACAAGUCUGAGGGGUGAGUAUAGCCCUGUCCUGGGGGGUGCCCGGUCUGUGUGAGGGGUGAGCAGAGCACUGUUCUGCGGGGUGCACAGUCUGCAGGAUGAACACAGCUCUGUCCUGGGGGUAUCCAGUCUGAGGAGUAAACACAGCCCUGUCAUGGGGGGGAAGAGGUCCUCAGUCUGUGGGAAGAGGUUAAACCAUGUUCUAGAGGAAAUCCAGUUUGAGAGGAGAGGCUCCACUCUGUCCUGGGGGGCACCCAGUCUGAAAGGAAGACAUAGCUCUGUCCUAGAGGUGGCCAAUAUGAGUGUUUCAGGGUGAGUAGGUCUGUGGACUCAGCCUGGGCCAAAGGCAGCUUGGGUGCCCAUGGAGCCUGUGAACAAGUGCAGGGAGCAGCCGAGGGACAGCUGGAGACAGGGAAAGGCUGGGGCCCUCCUCCUGCAUGGGACCACUGGGGUGCUGAUGACCCAGCAAACCUGAGCUUCUCUAGGCUUAGACAGGGGCCUCUCUCAGGCCCUUUCUGCCGGGCUGGGUCCCGACCCCCCCAGGGACUGGCCCAUGGUUCCUAGA